AUGAAACAUAAAGCAGCUCGUCGACGAACAUAUCCACAAGUCCGUGAAAUAACACCUGUUAUGACGAGUAAAUCAUUGUCUCAUCAUAAAAUUAAUCGAUCAUAUCGACCAACAUCAUUGCAAGAACAAACAAUUGAAAAACAACAAAAAAGAUUUGAUACUGUUAAUCAAAUAUUAGAAAAAGUGUCGAGUAAGCCAAUGAAUACUACAUUAAAUCAAAAUAAUAGUAGUAGUUCAAUUCAAAAUGGCAAUGAUGAUGAAUCUGAAGGAACGGCAAAGAAAGCAUUGCUUUCUAUAAAAUUUCCAUUGUCAUCAAUCAAUGAUGGUCUUGUUUCAAUUGUUGGAUAUCUCAAGGCUAAACCAAUUAAAUUUCAAACACUUGAUGAUUUACUUAAAAAUUUUCCAUCUGUACGUGCAGCACUUUUUAAAAAACGAACAACUACACCAGCACUCACAUCAACUGAAACUAUUACAUCACAUUUAUCAUCAUUGCAAAUAACUCCACAAUCAACAAUAUCUCGUAUUCCAUCAACAAAAUCAGCUUGGCGUACACGUCGAACAUAUGCUUCAACUGAAGAUGAACUUGCUCUUGUUCAAACAAUAUUAGCUGGUGAUGAAAAUGAAUCAUUUGGAUCUAUUGGUGAUCAACCUAUAACUCGUAAAGAUAUUCGUACACUUCGUGGUCUUACAUGGCUUAAUGAUGAAGUUGUCAAUUUUUAUUUGGCACUUGUAGCACGUGAAAGUGGUACAUCAGGAAAUUUACAUGUAUACGCAUUUAGUACAUUUUUCUAUUCGAAAUUAACUAAAGAUGGACCAACACAUACAAGUUGGGAUCGAUGGAUGAGACGAGGAAAUGUAGCUUUUUUUGAUUAUGAUCUUAUUCUUAUACCUAUUCAUCAAGGAAAUCAUUGGACAUUAACGACAAUUGAUUUUCGUUCUCGUUGUAUUGGAUAUUAUGAUUCAUUAGGUGGUACAGAUGAUAUGUGUUUAGGUCGCAUCUAUGCAUUUGUUGAACAUAUGUAUGUAACAAAACGACAAACAAUAUCUAUGCCUGAUGGUUGGCGUGUACAACCAAUGAAUAUGAUACCUGAACAAGCAAAUGGUAGUGAUUGUGGAGUAUUUGCAUGUCAAUUUGGAAAAUAUUUAGCACGUGAAUGGCCAUUAGAUUUUACUCAAGCACAAAUGGCACAAUUUCGUUUACAAAUGAUUUAUGAAAUUUAUACAAAACAACUUAUCGUUUAA